AUGACUAGCCAGAAGGACUCGUUCAAAGUCAUAGUUAUCGGGGGAGGCCCGGUGGGACUCACAGCUGCUCACGCUCUCCACCUGGCUGGCAUUGACUUCGUAGUCCUUGAGCGAAGACCUGCCAUUGUGGAAGAUCAAGGCGCAAGUCUCAUUGUCCAUCCCCACACCUUACGGGUUCUGGAUCAGAUUGGGGUCCUAGAGGACUUGCUACCUCGAGGUGCCGAGCUGCGUCAUCAUCUGUCGUUCACUGCCGAAGGGCACGUAUUCAAGGAGGGUACCCAGUAUACCAAAAUACGCGAGAAUCAUGGUCAUGGACCGGUUGCCUUCCAUCGAGCUGAAGUGGUUGCGGCUACGUACAACUGUCUCCCACCUGCUGCGAAAGAGAAGGUCUUAACAGACAAGAAGCUAGUCGCCAUUGAGAUGAAGCCGGACGGAGUCAUAGUGACCUGUGAGGACGGCAGCACGUUUGAGGGGUCAAUCGUGAUCGGUGCCGACGGCGUCUACAGUAAGACUCGCCAGUUGAUGCGCAAGCAAGCCCUCCAGACAAAUCCCACACAGUCCUGGGACCCUGAGCAGCCUUACACGUCAACUUAUCAGCUUCUAUACGGCUCCUUCCCGUCACCAUCUCCGUCAGGCUUCGGGUAUGAUAUCCAGUCAAAGGACAAAGCUAUCAUGUACUUUAGCAGUCCGGACCGGGCAUGGUUCUUCUUAUAUAAGAGACUACCAAAACCCACACGAGAGCGCAUGGAUUAUACCGACAAAGACGUUGAGGCAGUUGCCCAGGAGUUCAUGGAUUUCCCCCUAACAAGAAGCGUGAAGGUGAAGGAUGUCUGGCCACGAAUGCAAGGUGCGGGUCUGACGAAUCUGGGCGAGGGAAUCGUGCAACAUUGGAGCCUGGGAAGGACUGUGCUCGUGGGUGAUGCAUGCCAUAAGAUGACCACGCAUCUAGGACUUGGAUACAACAACGGUAUUCAAGAUAUAGUGAUACUCUGCAACAUGCUUCGGAAGGUCGUCAACGCAGCACCUAAUGGGAACCCAAGCGCUCAUGUCCUCACUGAGACUUUUGAAAAGUACCAAGCGGUUCGAAUGGGGCCCGAAUGUUCGCUCAAGGGUGAUGUUUGGAAAUCUGGGUUUGAGACCCGAAUGCACGCUUGGCACAAUCGGUGGUACUAUCUUCUCUCCCGAUAUCUCGCUAUUCCUCCCUGGACGGAGGGCCUGGUCAUGCGGUACAUUAUGGGGCCUGAGUUCCGCAAGGGCCAGGUUUUGGAUUAUGUUUCAAAGGAAGAGCAGAUGAAAGGUGCGAUCAGCUGGUUGUAUCCAAUGAAGCUGUAG